AUGUUGGACUGUGGGCCCAUCAACGACGUCAUGUGGGACAUUGUGAAUGGCCUUCGCCAGUACAUCGUCGACCACUUCGUCGCUGAGAACAGAAAAUGGAAUAGAGCCAUCUGCGACGUGUACGAGGAGAUGGGUGCGCGCGCGUCUGAGAGCCCGGAGACCACGGCGCAGCUGGUGGCGCUGCUGGGCUACGUGCUCGAGUGCCGCGACAGCGCGCUCUUCGAGCUGCGCGAGCGCACGCGCACCGCAGCGCAGCACGUGCUCUUCCUCAUGCAGCACGCACACCUCAACUUCGAAGACAUAAAUCUAAACACACGCGUGUUCCUCUGGCCACUCGACAUGGAGGAGACUAUUGACUUAACACUGAAAACAUUGAACACCAAGAAGAACAUGGCAGAAGACAAACUGAAAAGCAGGAAGGCUAUAUUUGAGGAGAAGCUAAAGCGACACGAGAAAGAGUUGGAGUUGUUUAGAAGAUUUGAUCCCCCACUAUUGAAUUUGGACCUAUUGAAAGAAGUUGUGGGGAAGGUGGACGAAAUUUUCACUAAUUUGAUGGAGGAUAAGCGGGAGGCCGACGACAUUAUCAACGAGGAACAGCUCUUGGAGCAAGAGGUGUCAGCGUACUACAGCUUGCAGACCAUGUUGGCUGGCAUCGAUCCGUUCCAUAAACUCUGGCACACUGCUUACGAUUUCUAUGAUGGCUAUGAGAAAUGGUAUCACGGUCCGUUUCACGGCUUGGAUGCGGAGCAGAUAUCGUCUGACGUGGAGGCGUGGUGGAAGCUGCUGUACAAGCUCGGACGUCAGCUAUUCGAGUUCCCGGGCGCCAAGCGCAUCGCCGACAUGGUGCGGAACAAGGUCGAGAAGUUCAAGGUUCUGCUCCCGGUGCUGUGUGCUAUUUGUAACAAGGGAAUGCGUGAACGCCACUGGGCUCAAAUAAGCAGCCUGGUGGGGGCUGAAGUUGUCCACGGCCCAGAGACAACUCUCGCUGACAUGGUGGAACAAGGUGUCCACGUCUUCGCGUCACAACUGGAGGAGAUCGAGCAGUACGCCGCUAAGGAAUAUUCACUGGAACAAGCGCUAAUAAAGAUGAAAGAAGAAUGGGUUGGAGUCACGUUCGAAGUUGUGCCUUAUAGGGACACUGGUGUCGGCGUUUUAACCGGCCUGGAUGACAUCCAGCAGUUACUCGACGAUCAUAUACUGAAAUCGCAGACGAUGCGCGGCUCGCCUUACGUGAAAGCAUUCGAAAACGAUAUGGUGGCUUGGGAGGAGAAACUGAUCAGUAUGCAGGAUAUCCUGGACCAGUGGUUACAGUGUCAAGCAACCUGGAUGUACUUAGAGCCCAUCUUCUCCUCUGAAGACAUCAUGCGGCAAAUGCCGACUGAAGCACGGAACUUCCGCGACGUGGACAAGGAAUGGCGUAUUAUAAUGUCCGCCACGCAGAAAGACCCCUCGGUCCUUAAUGCUACUGAUUUUCCAUCUCUGUUGAAAAAAUUAAAAUACAACAAUACGCUUUUAGAUGAAAUACAGAGGGGGCUUAACGAUUACUUGGAGAAAAAGAGAUUGUUCUUCCCCAGGUUCUUCUUUUUAUCCAAUGAUGAGCUUCUAGAGAUUCUCUCCGAGACGAAGGAUCCAAUGAGAGUUCAACCUCACCUUAAGAAGUGUUUCGAAGGCAUUUACAAUCUGGAGUUCAACGCCGCGAACGAGAUCGUCGGUAUGGUGUCGGCUGAGGGCGAAGUGGUCAAGUUGUCGUCAAGUAUACAACCUGCUGAUGCAAAGGGCAUGGUGGAGCGGUGGCUGCAGCAGCUGGAGCAGCAGAUGGUGGUGAGCCUGCGCGACCUGGCGGCGGAGUCGCUGGCUGCGUAUUGCGGUGCCGAGCGUGAGCACUGGGUGCUUGCCUGGCCCGGCCAGCUGGUGCAGUCCGGCGCCUGCCUGCACUACACCUGCGAGGCGACGGAAGCCAUACAGUCAUCAAGUCUACCGCAGCUGGUGGAGCGUUGCACGGAGCAGAUCAACGGACUCGUGUACCUAGUUCAGGGAGACCUGGAACCAGGGAAUCGCGUCACUGUUGAAGCGCUCAUUGUGCUUGACGUACAUGGUAUUACACUAUUUGAUUUUUUAUGGGCUUCCGAUAGAUGA